AUGUCUUUUUAUCCUUCUCAUCAUCUUGACUCUUUACUCGAAUGUUCAAUAUGCAAAGAACGAUUUAAUGAUCCAAUUCAUCUACCUUGUCAACAUAAUUUUUGUCGUCAAUGUUUAGUUCAAUGUUUUGAUACUACCACACAAACAGUGUGUUGCGCUCAUUGUCGUACAUCACACUCAUAUCCAAACGGAUUCGAUUCUGUACCUACAAAUUUUCUUGUUGCACAAUUAUCAGAAAUUCAACCAAUUCGAGCGAUUUGUAGCUUUUGUCGAUGUAAUGAUGAACCGUUAACUGUUUGUAAACAUUGUGAUAUCAUGUCCUGUCAAAAAUGUGAAUCUGAACAUUGUAAAAAAUAUGUUCAAGAAUUUACUCAUCUUGCUGAUCAAUUGUGUUCAUACAUGGAUGAAAUAAAUAAUCGUAUAAGCAACGUAUUUCUUACAAUAAAAUCAAAACAACUUUUAAAUCGAUCGUUUAUUAUUGAACAUUUGUACAGAAAUAAAUUUUCCACGGAUUUCACACAGGCUUCGAAUAUUUUAUCAAAAACAAGUGAUGAUAAUGUGACUAAUUUAAGGUAUUUAUUUGUACCAACACAACAAUUAAUAACAAAAUUUCUUGAACAUAUUAAUCAUUUACAGCAACAUCCAAUCACAAUAGCAGACGAUAUUCAAUCAGAAUUUGAUGAUCAAUUUUUUCAAAUCUAUGUACGAUUUCAACCAGAAAACGAACGAAAUUCCGCUAAUGCUACGAUUAAAAGAAAUCCGCAGUUUUUAAUGAAAAGUAUGUCGCAUGAGAAUAAUCGACGUUUACUUCUUAAACAGGCAACGAUGGGAAAAUACAACGACGACGGGCAUAAUUUGAAACGAAAUUUAACAUGUCUCUCAUUUCAACUACAACCAAACGACGAUAAUAAUAGAAAAGCAGCUCGAUUGAAACGGAAUCUCAGCUGUCUUGCUGUUGAUAAAUUUAUUCUAUGUCAAACACAGUCACCGAAUACUGGUUCAAAGCACUUUUGUGGCAAUCAGGACGUGAUCAAUCCAAGAAGUUUUGAUCGAUUAAUGUCAGAGAAAAGAAAAGAAAAUUGCAAACAAUGUGAAACAAAGCAACGAUCAAAUACAACAUAUUUUUCCAUUCCAUUUCAAACAGUGGAAAUUCAAACCACACCGAAUACUCUUGUGGAAACUAUUCUAAAAUUUAUGACUAAACAUUUUAAUUUACAACAACGUUAUUUACUGAAAAAUGAAAGCGGAUGUAAAUUGAAUGGAACAAGUAGUAUGGAAGAAUGUGGGAUCAAAACAAACACCACGCUCAUUAUGCGUUCAACCGCUUUUGUUUCAACAUAUAUAACAAUUCGUAUUUUAUCAACUAAUGGCAAUAUUUAUGAAGAAACUUUUUCACCACAUACAAUUUAUUCUGAUAUUAAACAAUUAGCUAUUCGACAUUUAAUCACUCGUAAUCAGUCAACAGAUUCUUAUAAAUUACCCUAUCGUCGUUCGUCAUUUGUUACACCAUCCACUCUCUCUUCAUUCUCUAACAACGAACAAUGUGAAAAAUCUACUGAAACUGGUUCAUACUAUAAAUUAGUAUCAGUUGUCAAUAGACGACCAGUUGAUGAUGAGAGAACUUUAUCUCAAGAACAUGCAAAAGACGGAGAUGAAUAUAUUCUUAGUGCAAAGCGUAUAGCAACAGUUAAAGAUAACAAAGAUAAACCAUCUAAAAACAUUGUUGAUCAACAAAUGAUUAAUUCAAAUACCCACGAUAUCAAAUCAAUAAAUGGUGAAUCGACUAGAGAAUUUCGACCUGGAUCAAUAACGGACUUUCGAAGUGAUUUAAAUAAAAUAUUAAUUUCUCUAAUUGAUGCUGCACAAAAAUUGCUUUAUUGUAGACCAGAUGCAGAAGCUAUUUUUAUGCAAGCUGAAGAAUUACUAACUAAAUCAUCAUUAUCUUGCGAAGAAUCAAGAACAACAGAAGAGACAAUAAAUCAAAAAGAAUACAAGCAACGACAAUUGUCUAAAUUAUGUGAUAUGGGCUAUAGUGGAGAUCGAGCAAAAUAUGCAUUGAAAAAAACAAAAUAUGAUUUCAAUGCGUCGAUGGAAUGGCUGCUUACUCACGAAGACGAAACGAUAUCGAAUGAAGAUAGUUCUACUGAUGAAAGUGAUGACGACGACAAGGAGCAACAAGAAUCAUCUAGUUACGAUAAAAAGCUGUCAUUAUUUUCCCCUACUGGACGAUUUCGUUCGUUUCGUGAGAUACGUCAACAACGAUUUCGUCCGAGUAUUAGUGCAUUAAAUUCGUUAAAGGAAGUUGGAUUUUCAGAAGAAAAUAUAUUAGUGGCAUUAAAGGCGUGCAAUAAUGAUAAAAAUGCUGCUUGUGAAUGGUUGCUGGGUGAAAGAAAUUCUACUUCUGAUGAUUAUGAAAAUGGUUUAGAUCCAGAGUCAAAUAUUUACAAAGCAAUAAUGAAUAAUUCUUCUAUACAAAUUGCAUUAAAUAAUCCCAAAACAUUUUUUGUCAUGUUACAAAUAGCUGAAAAUCAAACGAGUAUAAUGCAAUAUUUAAAUGAUACAGAAAUUGGAAAUAUGUUAUUGCAGAUAUCACGAAUUUAUCAUGCUGAAAAAGAUAAUAUGAGUAUACAUGAGAGAAUAACAACAGUACCAACAACAAAUAACGAAUAA